AUGAAUUUAUUAUAAGAAUAAAGCAAAGACGUAUUUGUAUUUUUUGCUAACAAAUAGUCAAUUUAUUUUGAAAAGCCGAUCAAAUAAAUUGAAAGAGAAGCAAAGUAAAAACUAAAAGCUAAUCCAAGAGAUGUUAUCAGCUUGCUGAUUUAAGUUUAAAUUCUGUAUAAAUUUAUGGCAAAAGAAAGAAAUGCUUUGGAGAUUUUAAAAUAAAUACUAUAAAUUGACCCAUUGAAUAUUGAUGCAAGGAUAGAAAUUGUUUUAAUUUUAUUUAAAAGGAAGAACUCACCACUAAGCUAGAUAGAAAUGCUAAUAAAUGAGUGUUUUUAAUUAGACUAAAACUAUUGGAGAAUUUACUAUAUUUAAGCUUUAAACUAUCUUCAUUCAAAUUAAUUGUUAAAAUCUAAACAAGUAAUGGCUUAGUCUUAUGAAAAAUUUCCUAAUGUUUCCUGGGUUAGAAUUUUUUACGCUUAAUUGCUCUCUGAAUACAAAGGCACUCAAUGGCUAUCUUAACAGAUUAUAUAAGAAGAAAUUUAAAAAAAUAAACUAGACUAUGAAUCAAUUAUCAGAAUAGCUUAUGCAUAUUUUAAUUUAAAUGAUUAAGUUGUGGCAGAAAAAUAUUUACAUAAAGCUAUUUAGCUUAACUCUAAUUCAUCAAAGGGAAACAAUAAUUUAGGUUAUUUUUAUAGGUUUCAUAAAUAAGAUGAUGAUCUAUGCAUUAAAUAUUGCAAAAAAGCAUUAGAGAUAGAUAAUAAUUGCGAUAGUUCAUAUUAUAAUUUAGGGGUUAGUUAUUCUAAGAAAAAGAAUUAUAAAAUAUCUAUUGAUUUCCUUAAAAAAUGCAUAGCUAUCAAUAAAAACUAUGAAAGUGCCUAUUAAGACUUAGCUUUUAUUAACUACAAACACCUUAAUUAAAUAGAAUAAACCUAUUAUUUUCUCUAUAAAAUGAUGAAAAUAUUUCCUAAAAAUUAAUAUGGUUCAUAUUUCUUAUUAUUUAUUUAAGUUUAUAAUUUUUAAAACUAAAGUAACCACUUUUAAAAAGAUUUAGAACUAACAGAAAUUCUAGGAUAAGUUUUAAUUAAUGAUUUUGAAUAGAGAGGAUCAAAACAUGACUUUAUUUCACUCAACAAUAUAAAUAUUUUAUUAAAUUCAAAUUACAGUAAUAAUUGA